GGCUUCUUGGUCUCUUACGUGAUGCGAUUGUGGAGUGUUGGAAACAAUCACACAUAAAAUGGGGCAAUGUAGACGUUUGGAACCGCUUCUAUUUCAAUAAAUAUCCAAGAGCGACUAUACAAAAGUCACAUAAUGAUUUAAAUACCGAAUUAAGAAUUCUCAUUGAGAAUUUAAGAAGUGGCGGAGCAUCCAAGAAAGCAAUAGCGAUGCAAAGUGAUUUAAAG